AUGAAACCCGACUAUCGUGCCUUGAUUGAACGCGUUCAGUUUGUAGUUGGAACGAAGCCGCAUGAACCGUCUAAUCCGUCGGCUUUCCUGUGUCCAACGCAGUCGGCUGACUAUGACAUGAGGUUCCCGAUUGUAAAACGAAAUUCAACAAGACGAUUCGCCCUGACCUCAGAAGGGUUACAGUUUGUUGUAGUUUCUGCUAGAAAAUCCGCUGUUCUAUAUGAGAUAAUGACUCAGCCUGAACCAAAGAAUACAUGA